AUGAAGGACCUGAUCUUCGCCCACCGUAACCCCGUGUUCGCCAGCGAUGCCGCCGAGAUCAAGCAGCGCCGCCCGGUCGUCACGAUGCCGUCGAAGCUCAACCCCGAGGCGAUGGAUCGCGUUAUGGAGGACAUUGACACGUUCAUCUUCGACGCCGACGGUGUGCUCUGGCUGGGCAACGAAGCCCUCCCCCGGCUCCGCCGACUUCCUGGCUCAAAUUAUGCAAAAGGUGGGGGCAAACGCGUGAUCAUCCUCACCAACAACGCCACCAAGUCGCGGGCCAGCUACGCGCAGAAGCUGCACACCAUCGGCUUCCCGGGCUCGAUCACCGCCGAGGACAUUGUCAACCCGGCGGCCGUCGUUGCCGAGGAACUUCACAGGAAAGGUUUCGGCAACUCGGACCAGCUCGUCUACCUCAUCGGGGCUCGGGGCGUCCGCGAGGAGAUGGAUGCCCGGAAAAUCCGCUACUUUGGCUACGGCAGCGAACCAUCGACGUCGCACCUCGACGGCAGCGCCUUCCAGUUCGACAUCGACCUUGAGGUGCCCACCGAGAAGGUCGGAGCCGUCGUCGUCGGCUACGAGCGCCACUUUGACUACCAGAAACUGAUGAAGGCCGCCAAUUACCUGCAGAACAAAUCGACGCACUACUACGCUACAAAUGAGGACGAAGUCUGCCCGGGCCCGAAUCCCGACGUGCUCAUCCCCGACGCGGGCCCGAUCGUAGCUGCGGUCAAUUGCGCAAGUAGCCGUGAGCCGAUUACAGUUGGCAAGCCCUACAGCCCGGCAUUCGACUACAUUUGCCGACGCUGGAGCAUCGAGAAAAGCCGCACGAUGAUGAUCGGCGACCGGACGAACACGGAUGUGCUGUUCGGACGUCGGCACGGGCUGAGGACGUGCCUCGUGCUCUCUGGAUGCCAUCAGGUUACUGACGUGCGCGACAACCUCGCCCAGGGCAAGCACAACAUGGUGCCCGAAUUCUUUGCCGACUCGCUGGGGCACCUCGUCCAG